UUUUUCUCAGACGCAAACACCUAACGAUGGUGAAGACAUAUUUAAAAUUCGAGCAUUCGAAGACUUUCGGGCUCGUCGCUUCCGCCUCGUCGAAUGCGAUCUGGGCCCGGGACGAUGAACUCGCGGGUUCUGCACGUCGGACAGGCUCCGGGCGAGCCUUUGUGGGCGCAAGUGAGGAGGUUCUCUGUUGGGAUAUCAAGAAGGGCGAACUACUUGGCAGAUGGCGCGAUACAUCUUGCAAGGCACAGGUGACGGUAAUCACACAGAGCAAGACGGAUGAGGAUAUUUUUGCGGUCGGUUAUGAGGAUGGUACCAUUCGUGUUUGGGAUUCGCGGACCGAGACCGUGAUCAUUUCGUUCAAUGGCCACAAGACGGCCAUCACCCAACUUGCCUUCGAUAGCACCGGCGUCCGUCUCGCAAGUGGUUCGAAAGACACAGACAUUAUCUUGUGGGAUUUGAUCGCGGAAGUCGGACUUUUCAAGCUGCGCGGCCACACCGACCAGAUUACUUCGCUCCAUUUCCUCACCCCAUCCAUUGAACUGCUCAAUGACGCCGGCCUCAGCGAACAUGCGGGUUUCCUAUUGACAACCGGAAAAGAUGCGCUGAUCAAAGUCUGGGACUUGGCUGCGCAACACUGUAUUGAAACGCAUGUGGCGCAGUCCAAUGGCGAGUGCUGGAGCCUGGGCCUUUCACCCGACCAGAGUGGCUGCAUCACGGCAGGAAACGACGGAGAAUUGAAGGUCUGGUCGAUCGACGAGAGCGCCAUGAUCCAAAUAUCCAAAGAAAAAGUUGGCUCGGAGGGAGAAAAGAUCCUAACUGACAGAGGAACAUUUUACCGUAAUGGAAAAGACCGCACAAUUGGAAUCAGCUUUCACCCCCGAGCGGACUACAUCGGAAUCCACGGUUCUGAGAAGGCAAUCGAGAUCUGGCGCAUCCGCUCACAGACUGAGGUGCAAAAGAGUCUGGCGAGAAAGCGCAAGAGAAGAAAGGAGAAGGAAGCACAGCGUGCUGACAAGGAUGGAGCUGCUGAGGUUGACAAUGACAAAUCCGAGGAUGUCUCCUCUGCGCCCGUCUCCGAAGUCUUUGUACCGCACACUAUCGUCCGUACCGGAGGUAAACUCCGGUCCUUCGACUGGAUUCGCACAAAAUCGACUGGCAGUUUACAACUUCUGGCUGCGACCACAAACAACCAAAUCGAAUCCUACAGUGUCGUGACCGCCAACAAGAAGAACAAGGAUGAGGAGGACUCGGACUACAGCCGGAACUUGGCAGUUGACAUUCCCGGCCAUCGCACCGACAUCAGAUCUGUCGCUUUGAGUUCGGACGAUCGAAUGCUGGCAUCUGCUUCCAAUGGCAGCCUCAAGAUCUGGAACGUCCGGACCCAGAGCUGUCUGCGGACUCUCGAAUGUGGCUACGCCCUGUGCUCUGCUUUCCUUCCUGGUGACAAGAUUGUUGUCGUUGGAAACAAGGAUGGCCAGCUUGAGGUUUUCGACAUCGCCUCGUCGACUCUUCUGGAUACGAUUAAGGCGCACGAUGGCCCGGUUUGGUCCCUUCAUGUCCAUCCUGAUGGCAAGUCUUUGGUUAGUGGCAGUGCCGACAAAUCUGCGAAGUUUUGGGACUUCAAGGUUGUGCAGGAAGAAAUCCCUGGUACCAAGAGGACGACGCCGCGACUCAAGCUGGUGCACACACGGACGCUGAAGGUAUCGGAUGACAUCCUCAACGUUCGCUUCUCGCCCGAUGCUCGGUUGCUGGCUGUUGCGCUUCUUGACAACACGGUCAAGGUCUUUUUCGUGGACUCUCUCAAACUCUUCCUUAACCUCUAUGGCCACAAACUUCCCGUCCUCAGUAUGGAUAUCUCUUGGGACAGCAAGCUGAUUGUCACAUGUUCCGCUGACAAGACCGCACGUGUUUGGGGCUUGGACUUUGGUGACUGCCACAAGUCCUUCUUGGCCCACGAGGACAGUGUCAUGGCGGUUGCCUUUGUUCCGAACAACAAGGAAGGGAACGGUCACAACUUCUUCAGCGCUAGCAAGGACCGAUUGAUCAAGUACUGGGACGGCGAUAAGUUUGAGCACAUUCAGAAGUUGACCGGUCACCACGGUGAAAUCUGGGCGCUGACUAUCAGCCACUCUGGAGAGUUCAUCGUCACCGCCAGUCAUGACAAGAGCAUCCGCACCUGGGAGCAGACUGAUGAGCCGUUGUUCCUGGAAGAAGAGAGGGAGAAAGAACUCGAAGAAAUGUACGAUAGCAAUUUGACGGCUUCUCUUGAAGAUGACGAGGACGGACAAGACGGAGAGAAGGCUGAAGCCGUUGACGCCAGCAAACAAACUUCGGAAACGUUGAUGGCCGGUGAAAAGAUCAUGGAAGCAUUGGAUCUGGGAAUGGAAGACCUGGAAGUCAUGCGCGAAUGGCGUGCCCUGAAGGCCCGGCAGCCGAACGCUGCGCCCCCAGCACGCAAUCCUCAGUACAUGGCGCUGGACAACAUUUCGGCAGAGCAGUACCUCCUGAAGGUUGUGCAGAAGAUCCCCGCCGCCGCCCUCCAAGACGCUCUGCUUGUGCUGCCCUUCUCGAAGGUCCCCGCUCUCUUCACGUUCCUCAACAUCUGGGCCAGCCGUGAGUGGAACAUCCCACUCACCUGCCGUGUGCUCUUCUUCAUCCUCAAGACGCACCACCGCCAAAUCAUCGCCAGCAAGAUGAUGAGGCCGAUGCUGGAUGGUAUUCGCUCCGAGCUGCGUCGGGUGCUGGCGCGUCAGAAGGACGAGAUGGGCUUCAACCUGUCCGCUCUGCAAUUCGUCGGCCAGCAGAUCCAGGAACAGAACACGAAGGAUUACAUUGAUGAGACGGCCUACGAGGAGCAGGAGAGGCAGACCGGCACGGGCAAGAAGCGGCAGUUCCUCAGCGUUGCCUGAUUGCACUGGCAAGUGAUCUAACUGUAUACAUGCAUAUGAAGGCGUUGAGAUUUGUGUUGGAUGUUUGGCUACAAAAAGUUUUAUACCUGGAGUUUACGUUCAUGAUCGGUACCGCUACAUGUAAAUCGAUAUAGAGAUAUGUCAAAUUAUGCAACGAUCCGUCAAUUGAUUCAUUACU